AUCGGCGACGGACGGCGGACCAGAAGGCAUCAGACAAGGCAGUCGAUCGCCGGGUGUCCUCCAGUUAGCACGGUCGUCGUCGCCAGUGCACCGUGCGCCGCGGUCUUUACAACUGAAGUUAUCCGUUUGUACCUAUCUCGUUAUCAACGUUAAUUAUUACCGAACCGUUUUUCGAUAGUUUUCAAACGACUACAGACCGUGUUUAAAGGUGACGGUGUGCGUUUAUCGCGUUUUAAAGGUUCGCUGCUGGAAUUUAACGUGGAAUGGACCAAGGAUACCUACGUAUAUGAUAAAAAUACACUGUCCAUCGACCAUCGAUGACACGGAUCGGAGUUACGAUCAUGUUUUGGAUUUCAAGAUCGUCACGUUUCCUUUGUCAAGUUCGAGAGUAACGAUAUAUAUUUUUAAUUGAACAAGUACAUAUAUACCAAAGCUACAACCAUGUCACCCGUCGUAACGUUGGCACUGUUAUGCAUCACCAUCAGCUGUGUGUUAUGCAACAUGCAACCGGUACCGGUUACCAAUGCAGCGGCCAUUCCGGGUGGACGUUGUGAAGAAAUCACCAUACCCAUGUGCAGAGGUAUCGGCUACAAUAUGACCUCCAUGCCGAACCCACUAAACCAUGAAACUCAAGAAGAAGCUGGUAUGGAAGUCCAUCAGUUCUGGCCGCUCGUAGAAAUCAACUGCUCUGCUGAUCUUAAAUUUUUCCUGUGUUCCGUUUAUACGCCGAUAUGCAUCGAAGAAUAUCAACGGCCUUUGCAAGCGUGUCGAAGCGUAUGUGAACGGGCCCGAGACGGUUGCUUGCCGCUUAUGCAGAGUUACGGAUUUGUGUGGCCGGAAAAGAUGCAGUGUGAUAAGCUACCGGUACACGGUGGUCCAGAACUCUGUAUGGCCCAAGACGUAUAUGAACAGCAAGGACCAGCGAAGCCUACAAAGAAACCGACCGGAUCAACUGGAAAAUGUAAACCUGGCAGCAAGGCAAAGGGAUGCGAAAAGUUUAUGUUCGACGACGAUUGCGAGUGUAAGUGUAGGCCACCUUUGGUACCCAUUGAAAAAGAAUCGUUGCGGUACAACAGGACUGGAGUGUCUGUGGCGGGUGUAGACAAUUGCGCCAUGCCGUGCCGAGGCGUUUUAUUUACUGAAGACGAAAAAGACUUUGCAUCGUCUUGGAUUUUUCUGUGGUCCAGUAUUUGCUGCGUGACCACCUUGAUGACUCUGACUACGUACACGAUCGACCCACAGAGAUUCAAGUAUCCGGAAAAGCCUAUAGUGUUCUUGUCAGGCUGUUACUUGAUGGUGAGUUUGGGAUUUUUGAUACGAGUUUAUGCGGGCCAUGACGCGGUCGCGUGUGAACCCAAUGGUUCUGUCAAAUACAAUGCAUCCGGCCCCACACCGUGCACUUUGGUCUUUCUACUCCUAUAUUUCUUCGGUAUGGCUUCUUCCAUAUGGUGGGUGAUACUGGCGUUCACGUGGUUCCUGGCAGCAGGCCUGAAAUGGGGCAAUGAAGCGAUCGCAUCUUAUUCGCAAUAUUUCCAUUUAGCAGCAUGGUUAAUACCGACUGUCAAGUCACUCGGUGUGCUGGUUAUGUCGGCCGUGGACGGAGAUACGUUUGCCGGGGUAUGCUACGUAGGCAACCAAAAUACUGAUAAUUUGAAAAUGUUCGUGUUAGCGCCGCUAAUCGUUUACUUGGCGUUGGGCGUUUCGUUUCUACUGGGAGGCUUUGUUUCGCUGUUUCGCAUCAGGAACGUAAUCAAACAACAAGUUGGCCGAAGUAAGGCGGACAAGCUGGAAAAACUAAUGAUUCGCAUUGGAGUAUUCAGCGUACUUUACACCGUACCGGCAUCCGUGGUCAUCGGCUGUUACUACUACGAGGCCAGAUACAUGGCUGAUCGAAUCGCUCAUUUUGCUUGUCCCUGCGCCGACCCUGAUCCGGACACCAAGCCCGUGUACACCAUGCUAAUGCUCAAGUAUUUCAUGACACUAGUUAUGGGCGUCACGUCCGGUGUAUGGAUAUGGUCUGGAAAAACCGUAGGCUCGUGGAAAAGACUGUCGCGACGAUUGUUCGGUGGCGGAAGCGGGCGGUCAGCCAAAGGAGGACCUAACCCGGUGUUGAUCAAUCCGGGAAAGCAGCGAAAACAACUGCAGUACAUGCCGGCACCAUCCAUCCCGGGAAGUACGCUGCCUUCGUCCCAUCACUUGGCGCCUUCUUCCAGCCUACACCACCACAUUAUCAAACAGGCGCCUCUUAGCCACGUAUGACAUCAGUACGCUACUCCUGCCAUGAGUUACGAACAACCAGACCCGUCCGAUGACAUGAUGCCCUCCACUACCGGGCUCAGUGAUUACGGACCACUUUAAACUGGUUGGGCAGGAUGGCUCUCAUAAUAAAAAAAUUGAUCUCUAUGUAUUCAUAAUGAACUUAGAAAACCACUGUGUGGCUAGAAUAAAACUAUUACAUAGUUUUACACUAAUGCAGUUAGACAUCUAUAAGCAGAACUUACUAUUUCCACAACGAAUAUCAUAUAAUUGUACCUACCACAAUAUCUUUCUUUACUGAUUUGUAAGCAAAUACUUGCAGUGGAACACAGUAGCGUUCAUCUCCUCAGGCCUGUAGAUUUCUUUUCUGGUGCUUUCCAAACACAAUGAUUAUUAUUGUAAAUAACUUUAGAUGUAAGACGCGUAUACUAGUCCUAGUAGUUAAGUUAUGAAUGUUUUUUUGUUAUACUAGCGGUAAGGAACCCUUUAAUUUUGUAAUUAAUAUAAAAAGAAAAAACGACUUUCGGUUAUUCGGCGAUGACUAUAAUUAUAUAUCUUUUUAACCGUUUUUUUUCUUGUGAAGAACAAAAAUGAAAAAAUACAGGUUGAUUGCUGUAAGAAGCAGUUGUGCAAUAUACUAUUACAGCGUUGUUUUAAAAAUACGCCAAUUUGUCUAAAAUCUAAAUGUUUGUAAACUAUUAUGUUUUUUUUUCUUUUUGACUUGUUAAGUCCUUGUACUGCCCGCUAAAACAUACGGUAUACGUAACCCUUAAGUGAUAAUAAUAAAUAAUAAUAUUAAUAAUUAUAUACUCGUAAGUUUGUUUACGUGUAUUUUUCGUGUACAAAUUAUUUAUACUAUUUAUUAUAAUAUUAUUAUAUAAUAUAUAUUUAUUUAUUAUAUAAAUACAACUAUGUAGCAAACAUAUACCUACUGUA